GCGGCCGCGCGUAGCCUGCUGGGAGUUGUAGUUCGAUGUGGGUUUGGGGUUUCGGGCGUGGAGGCUCCAAAAUCCGAGGUUUGACUUCAGCCAGCCCUCGCUAGUGCCGGUGAGCCGUUAUCGGCUGCCGUUAAGGACCGUUGCCUUUCCCGGGCGGGUUCCCUGGCAUUCCUCUGGCAGACUGUCCUGACGGCCGCGCCUGCCUGCUCUCCCAGUUCCGACUCCGAGCUCCUGGCCUCGCAGACCUCCCCUCCUGGGAAGAUGUUCCUGGUGGGCCUGACAGGGGGCAUCGCCUCAGGCAAGAGCUCUGUGAUCCAGGUGUUCCAGCAGCUGGGCUGUGCCGUGAUCGACGUGGACGUCAUCGCCCGGCACGUGGUCCAGCCGGGACGCCCUGCCCACCGGCGCAUCGUGGAGGCCUUCGGCACGGAGGUCUUGCUGGACAACGGUGAUAUCAACCGCAAGGCCCUGGGGGACCUGAUCUUCAACCAGCCUGACCGGCGGCAGCUGCUCAAUGCCAUCACCCACCCUGAGAUCCGCAAGGAGAUGGUGAAGGAAGCCUUCAAGUACUUCCUCCGGGGAUACCGCUACGUGAUCCUGGACAUCCCGCUACUGUUUGAGACCAAGAAGCUUCUCAAGUACAUGAAGCACACCGUGGUGGUGUACUGUGACCGGGACACGCAGCUGGUGCGGCUGAUGCGACGGAACAGCCUGAACCGCGAGGACGCCGAGGCCCGCAUCAAUGCCCAGCUGCCCCUGGCGGACAAGGCCCGGCUGGCCCGCCAUGUUCUGGAUAACUCAGGCGAGUGGAGUGUCACCAAACGCCAGGUGGUCCUCUUGCACGCCGAGCUGGAGCGCUCCCUGGAGUACCUGCCACUGAGGCUUGGCGUCCUCGCAGCCCUGGCGGGCAUUGUCAGCCUCCUGUACCUACUCACCCGUUGUCUCCUGCCUUAGCCCUAGCUGGGCCCUCCCAGGAUGCCUAGCUUGGAGGCCAAAGCCAGGUGACAUGCCCUGCCUCCCAACACACACACACGGAUGCUGUCAUCUGGGCUGGGCCCCCCUUCUUUGGAGCGUCCUGUCUGAGGCAGAGAAGCAGUGGCUGCCUGUGGGUGCUGCCCCCACUUCCAUCCCCUGGCACCACCCACAGAACAGUAUCCACAGUGGUGUGUGUAUGCAACAGUUUGUUUUACGUUUCUGGGAGGGGAGCACUGUCCAUGUGGCCCUCCUGAGAGUUGGGCGGCCCAGGACUCCCUGGGCUGAACUCCAUCCAUGCACCUGCCCAUCUAUAGCCUGCACCCCCCGUGGACCCUAGGGGGUCAUUUUGAACAAGGGUUUCCACCUGCAAACAGGGUUCAGCAGGGUCCUCUCCCAGGCUGAAGCCCUUGGCCAGGAGGCAGUGAAGAUUCUCACAGGUAAUGCUGUCACGAGGCCAGUCUCUUCUGGGGACCUGCUUCCUGUGCCUGCUCACCACCUCCCACUCCCUCCCAGCCCUGAGCUCUAGGACCGUUCUUGCCUCUGUGCCUUUGCCCUGCCGCUUCUCGUCUGGAAUACCUCUUGUUUUUUUUUCCUGCAACUGGCUAACACCUCUGGGUUAGGUGUUCUGGGACACCCCCCCACACCCCGUUUUACCCUAAUCCAUGGUAACCAGCCAGAAGCUGGUUGGUUUCUCCACCCAACCUGUACACCCUCUGAGGGCAGGGACAGUGUCCUGGUCAUCCUGUUCCCGGUGCAGAGCCUGCUGGUGCUGAAUAAAGUAUGUUCUGAAAUGUCCUGGACCAACCA